AUCGAAAAGACAACGAAUUCUGUAGAAUUGUCGCCAUUUUAUCAGUACGAAAUUCUACUAAAAUUAAGAAAGGCAAUUCGUGAUAAUUGGAAAUACCCAAUGGUUUCAAAAAAUGUUCGCGCACACAUUCUAGAAAAUAUUAACCAUCCAUAUCAGCAAGUACGAUACAUUCACGGAAUCUUACUUAACUACACUUUUUUCUUUCCUCUUGGCUUGAAAAGUGAGCAAGUAAAUUUCGAUCACAACUAUAACAAUCAUUGUACGUUGGCACCGAUCUUUCAAUAUCUUAAUGAAAAACUAUCGAUUCUGCUCGAAGAGAAAAAUUCCGAAAUCGACGUUACUUCAUUCAAAAGCGAUCUACUUGAUUCAAACACAAACAAUGGUAAAAAUUUAUUGAAUGUCAUUGAAACAAUUUUAUUUUGCACUACCCACAAAUUAAAUUCAUCAUUCGAACAUUUACCAGGAUUACAAUUAAUUUUACCUAUAUUGUGUGUGAUACGAACAAAUAAUCCUGUCAUGUCACUAAUCAACAAUGCCAUAGAUCAUAUUGCUAGAUCGAAUUAUCAUACUGAAGAGAAAAUUGAGCAAAUUUUGGCAAUAGUCAAUAAGCUUUCCAAUAAUUGGAAUUGGCGAUCACGCAAAACAAUUUUGAGAUUUUUGCAAAUUUUCAUCCGAAGCAAUAAUUUUUUGUUGAUAACUUUUAAAUAUAACGACCAAAUCGAAAAGAUUAUUGUUAGAUUGUUGACUGAUGAAACGGUCGAAGUUCGUAACGCUGCAUUUUCAACUUUUUCCCAAUUGCUUGAGAAUGGAUUAAUUUCGGAUAAAAGACGUGAUGAAUUAAUUUAUCUAUUUCGAUCAAAAUCUUCAGACAUGUCAUCAGAUAUUUCCGAAAGACAUGGUAGCAUAUUAGGCCUUUGUGCUUUUGUAUAUGCUUUUCCCAAUGAAAUACCCGAUUUUAUUCCGGAAAUUUUAUUUUUCUUAACUGGUCAUGUUCGCAGCAUCAGUGUGAUUUCGAAUUCUGUGACCAAGACAUUACGAUUCUUUAAAAAACAUCAUAUUGAAGAUUGGGCCAUUCAUAAACGUAAAUUUUCUUCUGAUCAAUUGUCUCAAUUGAAUGAUGUCCUUAUUUCUCCUUCAUAUUAUUGCUAAUAAAAGUGAUAUAAAUCAAAUGUGAUGAAUAAUAACUUUCAAAUUAUAAAAAUAAUGAAUAAACUUUAGAUUUAUGUUUUA